ACUACCUACUUCUCGUUAUCAUACCCAUACCACAAUCAGCUACAGUCGUCAAGCCGAACACAACCGAGCACAGUUUAAAUGAAUGUAGUACCUACAUUUCGUUUCUGUUUUACUUUCGUGUUUGUUAUUAGUACGUUAGUGAUAACGCUUUGUGAACGUAGUAUGUCGUCCGUCCAAUAUUCGGCUCUAAAUUGAUUCAUUUUAACAGUGUACGUUUUAAUUUAAUUUCAUGAAAAGUGUUUACCAGUUUAGCCUACGAGUGAAUUAUGUCAUCAUUUCGAUCGUCGAGUGAAACACAGUGUAGGAAACAAAUUAAGUAUGUGCAUGAACUCCCAUACUAUGAACGAAAUGAAUUGUGUUUAUGUUUGGAUUUGAACAACAAAUGGAAAGCUUUGGGAGGCAUAUACUUGAACUUCGAUUACCUUUUAUUAAACAGAUAUGAAAUGGCUGCUCAUCAUCGUUCUCCCACAGACAGCUUACUAAGCGAAUGGGCCAGUCAAAAUGGUACAAUUUUGAAAUUAUACAAAUACCUGCACAAACUGCAUAAUUACCAAGCUAUGAAAAUAUUGAAACCAUUUGUUGAUCCAAAAUAUCAUUGUUACAUUUUGGAGGAAGAUGAUGCUAAUAUUUCUUUCUCAACUGGUGGUGAAUACAACUUACGGAAUCAUUCUUCAAUCACAAAUCCAGUCAGUGCAUCAAAUAAAAAUAGAGUAUCAAGUAGAUCAAAUGCUGCUCAGCCUCCUGCUGCAUCACUUUCAUCUCAACGAAGAUCUAGGUCUGGUUCUGGAGAUACUCCAGCCACGCUAGAAACUAAUUUAACAAAAAUGUCUUUGGAUGCCUGCUCUGUUCAUAUACCUUACAGAGAGUUACAGGAGGCAACUGCAGGCUGGGAUAGAAGACUUACCUUAGGAAGAGGUGGUUUUGGGGUAGUUUUUAGAGGCUCUUGGAAGAAUACAGCAGUUGCCAUUAAACGACUUGAAUCACAGAGACCUAAUGACCCUCACUAUAAUGCGGCAGAAGUUCACAGACAGCAGUCUUUGAGAGAAUUGAAGUAUUUAAAUAAUUAUAAACACGAUAACAUUUUACCCCUUUAUGGAUACAGUAUUGAUGGAGAAAGGCCUUGCUUAAUUUAUCAGUUCAUGUCGAAUGGCUCCUUAGAAGAUCGAUUGCAAUGCAGGCAAGGCACCAGUGCUUUAUCAUGGUGGCAACGUGUGACCAUUGCAAAUGGGUCAGCAAGAGGAUUACAAUUUUUACACAGCAUGGAGAUACCUUUGAUUCAUGGUGAUAUCAAAAGUGCCAACAUACUUCUGGAUUGCAAUUUUGUUCCAAAAAUUGGAGAUUUUGGCUUAGCCAAAGAAGGUCCUAUCAAAGAUAUCACUCAUGUAGAAAUCACCAAAAUACAAGGCACUAAACCUUACUUACCUCAUGAGUUUCUUAGAGGAAGAAAAUUAUCAGUCAAAGUGGACACAUAUGGAUUUGGAGUGGUGUUAUUCGAGUUGGGAACUGGUUUAAGAGCUUAUGAUGGGUCAAGAAAAGAAAGAUUCUUGAGAGAUCAUUGCCACGAAGCAGAAAACAAUUCAGUAUAUUUAAAUGAUUCAAAAGCUGGGCCUGAAGAAGAUUAUUAUUAUGUACUUUUAAUAAAAUUGGGUGUUCAGUGUACUCAUGAUACUGCUAAAAGUAGACCACUCAUGGCUGAUGUACUGAAAGAAUUGGAUAAUAUGAUGGAAAAUAGACAAUUACUGAGCAGAAUGACUGCGUCACAGUUCACUGCUGAACGAAGGCUGUCCAUACCACAGGGCUCGCAUUCAAUUUUGGUGCCCCACUACUUAUAUCCAAGCCCUCCUGCCAGCAGACCUGCAGUGCUGAGUACGUCGCCUACAGCCCCAUCGCAUUUACAAGGUCCAAUUUUGGGAACUAUUGAAGGAAGUGUCGUGAACGUUCAAAGAAGAAUAUCUCCAGUUAUGCUUACACCUCCAAUGAGUAUUCAAAAUCCCACCAAUGAACAAGUUCUGAGUCACUGUCUCCUUGAUAAAAAGACUGAAAUACCAGUGAAUCCGCAAGUUAAUGUACAACCUCCUACAUCACAGCCAGUUAGUGAUACAGAACUUUCCUAUGGAACUUCUGCCAACUGUACAGCUUUGGAUAUUGAUACCCAUAAUUGUAUACCUGAAGGCGAAGACCAAAAUGAUCUAGAUAAUGCGCCAAUACCAGUCAAUAGCGUAUUAGAAAAUAAGCAGAGUUGAAUCAUGAAUGAAACUGUGGAAAUUUUAUGAAGUACUUAUACUUAGCUAUUGCAUUUAAAUUAUUUAUUUUUAUAGCAUUUUUAUUUGUGUGGAAAUAUGAAGCCUGUGAGAGCGAUUCAAGUCAACUACAGUGCUUCUUGAAAUUGAAUCCUAUUUCUAUACUCUAUAGUAACUAUCUAGGUACUCAUUUGUUGAAUAAAUGACAGCUAUUUUUAAAAUCAUAUAAUUUUCUGUUUUUAAUUCAAUUUUGCUGAAAUAACAUUCAAAAUCCCAUGAAAAUUUAGAUAAGUACGUAUAAUUAAAAUUAAACAAAAAAUUGAUCUGAUCAAAAAAGCAACAAUAAUCAAUCUAAAAAUUAAUUUUCCAUCUGCUUUUUACUAAACGUUAAUAAUAAUAAUAUUUUUAAAAAAAUACGCCAAACGAUUGCAGGCAUUAAUGUUCUAAAGACUGCUUCGAUAGAAUUCAAAACAAUUUUGUGAAAAAUUCAAUAAUUUUAAUUUUUCAUGCAGAAAAGUAAAAAAAAUAAAUAAAUAAACAAUAAAAUUAAAAAAAUUAAUCUAUGUACAUAUAAGUUUGAAUAAGAUCAAACACCUUAGUAAGUAUUCAUUUGAUGAAUUGAUAAUCGAUCAUGAUUGGUUUUUGAUUGGAAUCGCUAUUAAUACUGUUAAUUUAUUCAGAUUACUAUUAAACAUUCAAUAAAUAUAAAAGAUAAACCUCGAUGAUUGUUGAUUUAAUAUUACUGACGAUGAGUAAGCUGUACUUGAGCAUUUGAUAUCGUGUGAUAACAUCAUACAUUUUUUUUCUUUCUUGUUACCAUUUUUUUACUACUUUGUCAGUUUUUAUAUGUAUAUUUUUUUUCUCAAAUCAUCAACUUGAUGAAGAAGCAUUUUGUAUUGCCCAAUUUCAACUGUAAACCAUUAAAGUUCUUAUUGAAAUGUGUCA